AGAUUAUCUGCUCCUGGCAACUGUGGCACUUAGACAUCCAAGUCCUGGAAUCUGUUUAUCUGACUGAUCUGAGACAUCGGUCUGUCCCAUUCUAUAAGGGCAAUGGGUCAGAAGGACCGUGAAGAGACCUGGAAUGGGGCAGAGAAAUCAGAUGUGUUGUGUACUGCAGUGGACUAUACAGAGGACAAGAUGGAAGACAGGGGGCAGUGGAGCAACAAAGUGGAGUUUGUACUGUCUGUGGCUGGGGAGAUUAUUGGGUUAGGAAACGUCUGGAGGUUUCCUUAUCUCUGCUACAAAAAUGGAGGAGGGGCCUUCUUCAUUCCAUAUCUCAUUUUCCUCUUCACCUGUGGGAUCCCAGUGUUCUUCCUGGAGACAGCUCUUGGUCAGUACACAAGCCAAGGAGGGGUCACAGCAUGGAGGAAAAUUUGUCCACUGUUUGAAGGUAUUGGAUAUGCCUCUCAGGUCAUAGAGGGCUACCUCAAUAUUUAUUACAUUGUUAUCCUAGCGUGGGCUCUAUUUUACCUCUUCAACUCCUUUACAGCUGAUCUACCUUGGGCCACCUGCAACCACACCUGGAACACAGAACAUUGUGUUGAUGUCUUUGAGAAAUCAGAAAACUGGACAUAUCCACCAAAUGCUACAUCCCCAGUCGUGGAAUUUUGGGAAAACCGAGCUCUGGGGCUAUCUGAUGGGAUUGAGCAUAUUGGCACGGUUCGUUGGGACUUGGCAUUGUGUUUGCUGUUGGCCUGGAUCAUCUGUUACUUCUGUAUCUGGAAAGGAGUCAAGUCUACUGGGAAGGUUGUAUAUUUUACGGCUACCUUUCCGUACGUGAUGCUUAUUAUCCUGCUUAUUCGUGGGGUCACACUUCCUGGGGCAUAUGAUGGGAUUGUGUUUUAUCUGCAACCAGACAUCAGCCGACUCAAAGAUCCUCAGGUGUGGAUGGAUGCUGGGACCCAGAUAUUUUUCUCAUAUGCAAUCUGCCAAGGCUGUCUGACCGCACUGGGCAGUUACAACAAAUAUAACAACAACUGCUACAGAGACUGCAUUGCACUCUGCUUCUUGAACAGUCUCACCAGUUUUGUGGCUGGAUUUGCCAUCUUCUCUGUGUUGGGCUUCAUGGCUCGGGAGCAAGGAGUCAAUAUAGCUGAUGUUGCGGAGUCAGGUCCAGGCCUAGCCUUUAUUGCCUAUCCAAAAGCAGUGACAAUGAUGCCUGUAUCCCCUCUUUGGGCCUGCCUCUUCUUUCUCAUGCUUAUCUUCUUGGGUCUGGACAGUCAGUUUGUGUGUGUGGAAAGCCUGGUUACAGCUAUUGUAGACAUGUAUCCUGAGGUAUUCAGAAAGAAGUUCCGCAGAGAAUUUCUGAUCCUGGGGAUUGCUGUCAUCUGCUACCUUCUGGGCCUGAUCCUAUUGACUGAGGGUGGGAUGUAUGUCUUCCAGUUAUUUGAUUAUUAUGCAGCGAGUGGGACCUGCCUGCUGCUUGUUGCUAUCUUUGAGGUGGUCUGCGUGGGCUGGAUAUAUGGCGCUGACCGGUUCUAUGACAACGUGGAGGAUAUGAUAGGCUAUCGACCCUGGCCCCUGGUUAAGAUUUGCUGGCUGGUAAUUACCCCUGCAGUAUGCAUGGGCACAUUCCUGUUCUCAUUGAUCAAAUACACUCCCCUGAUGUACAAUAACCGCUAUAAGUACCCUCCCUGGGGAUAUGCCAUUGGCUGGCUUAUGGCUCUUUCCUCAAUGAUUUGUAUCCCGCUGUAUGCCAUCUACAUCAUCCUGGUCACCAAAGGUCCCUUCAUGCAGAGAAUUAAGCAGCUCGUCACCCCUCAUGCUGACCUCCCACAACCCAAGAAGUACCUCCUAGAACACACUGAAUCCAGGAAAGGAGAUGUAUCACUUGCAGAAGUCAAGGAUGGACUCAUUUCAGACAAAGAAACUCGCUUCUGAUGAAACCUCCUGAGCUAAAACAGUCAGGGGUCCCUGGGACCCUCUUAAUCUGUCAGAUCUCUCUGCACCUCUGGGUCAUAGUUCCCAUAACCUUGUGUAUAACAAGUCAAUCAUUAUCAAUGUUUUUCUACCUAGUAUUACACCCUCCAUUGUGCUUUACAUACACAAACAGGCUACAUUGUCUACAUUGACCAGGAGAUAUUUACUCUUCAUCCAAUCCCAUAUAAUCAUGAAAUGUUAAACAAUGUGUGAUGGAUCUCAACACACUGUAGAAGCUUUUAUUCCAUGUGGAAGUGAAACAUUUAAUGAAACCUCCUGACACUUAUUAAUGGAGAGGUAAUAUCUUCAAUAUCAAUAUCUGUUUCGUCUCUUAGCGUGCCAAAUGUUGGUGUGUUGCUGGGAGAUGUACUUCUUAGCAGUUAGCUAUGAGCUCCUUUCAGCUCACAACUGUUCAUAUAUUUGGAUGGCAAAGCAUUACGGGCACUCUGGUCCAAAGCCGUUUUAAGGUCAGAGGUCUCCUAUCAUAAGGCAUAUCGCUCUAUAACAUUUUGUACUUUCUGUUGUGAAUCUCUAGCAUAUUUUAUUGAAGUAGCUGAUGGAUAUCUGAUACGACUACAUUUUUACAAUUCCUUUUACACUUUCAAUAGGACAGUGUUUUAACAGCUUCCGUACUGUGACUGCCUGUCUACUGAUGCUAAUACCAUGAGAUCCUUCCCAUCACAUAGUGGUUUGCCAGGCAGAUUGUAACAUAUUCUUGCUUGCAACAAGGUAUGUAGAGUAUUAACAGAGGCUGCAUCAAAUGCCGGGUUCACAAUCAGGAACUAGCUGAAACGUUGAUACAAACCCUUCAUGCCAUCACUUUGUAUUAACUGCAGUUUCUUUAUUCUACCUCUAGGGGGCAGAGUAGAACUAAUAAAAGGCUGCUGAAUGCUGAUGAUCUGUCAUAUCAAUGCAAAGUAACCUACAAAGCAUGACACAGGCCUACUAAAAUUAAUAUAGAUUGUUUUAGUAAUUUCACAGGGCAGUGUGAAAUUAAAAAUCCCACUAUAAAUUGGGACGUUAAGAUCACUCUCCGAAUGCACUGAAACUGGAGGAAUGUUUAGCAACUUUUGGCACUGGAAUAAAAUUGCCACGUAAUCACGUACACAGAGAACAUUGUGAUGACACACAGAUACACAGUGAUGUAGAUAUAUAAUAAGAUAUAAAACAUGUAGCAUACAGAUAUAUAAAACCUAUGAUAUGAAAAUAUAACACAUAUAAAACAUGACAUGCAUAAAUAACACAUGUAUGACAUACAGAUUUAUAAUACACAUAAAAGGACAAUGUGGCACACAGACACAUAUUAUAAGAGCAAUCUGGCUACACAGAAACACAGUGUAUCAGAGAGAUAAUAGUACAUAAAGAAAUAUACUAACACACAUACAAGUCUACAUCUCAGUGACACAGGCAUGUUACACGACAAAGAAACAUGGUGACCAAGCAUGUACACAUUGCCAAGUAAACUGUAUUACAGUGAUAUGAUAAAACAUAAUCAAUAUGCUGACAUACAGUCACUGACAAAUACAUAUUGUAACACACAAAGCAAUCUGGAAUCUCUGGAAAGUAUUAGUGGUCAGGUUGCCCAUCGGAAAAUGCUUACCAUUUGUAUUUACUCUCUGGCAAGCAAGCAAGCAAAUACUUAAUAUUAAGGAUUUUAUUUGGUAAAUAAUCCACACCAUGUCAAACAGAAUUAGGCUGCAUCUUACAUUGAUUGGGGCAAUAAUGAUGCUAUACCAGUCUUCAGCAGUAGGUAGGUAGAGAUUUCCUACUCUAAUGAUAACAUAAGACAUAUAACAUACAUAUUGAUAUAGUACAAAAUUGCAGUGUAGAAAAACUGAUGGAGCAAUAUAUUAAAACAAAGAACUUUUGAUAACCUAUAAAGGGGCAUGAAACCUUUUAGACAUAGAUGAUAUUUAAAUUCAUAAGUGUACAAUAGUAUAUAGUUUUAUAUAUUAAAAUAUGUCCAAAACCAGUAAAAAUAUAUUGUGAUAAUUAUAUUAACAACAUGUGGUGAGAUAUAAUAUCACACAGAUAUGUAGCACAAGAUUUACUAAGAUAUAGAAGAUGGUAUAUUCACGGUCUAUAUAAUGUAAUUAGGAGGGCAUUCUGGCUCAUUUCAGAUCUCAGGAAGUCUAACCACAAGAUAGAGUAAUGUUGCUCAGGAGUAUGUUUGACACACACAGGUAACACCAGUAGAUUCUGAUUAACCUUCUUUAUCGACUGGCAAUAAUUAACAUGCAUGUAGACUUUCUAAAGGAGCUAACUAACCCUAAGAUUCUUCAAACUAUUAUCUUCAUAAAACCCUACCACUUCCAGUCUAUGAUAUCCUUUACUGAGUUCUGUGUAUUCAAACAGUUAUUCCAACAACUAGUAAGGAUAAAACCAGCUGGCAGGCUCCAGUGGUAUAAAGUCGUAUAAUGGUGUCAGUUCUAGAAUGUGGGGUUUAUGACAAUGAGAAUCUGCCCAUUAACCGAGAAAUUGUAGUGAAGGCACUUGGGUGAGGGACUCAUAGAGGACCUCUAUUUAUAAUGCUAUGUCAUACCCAUUGAAAUGCAGCAACCUACAUCAAGCUCACCAGCUUUAUCUUUGCUGGUGAUACAUCAAUAUCAGAAGAAACAGGCAGCUAAUAAAGAAAGUAUGAAGUAAAGAUACAAUUUGUCUUCAUGGAGGACACAAGAGGAAACAUGGUGUAGAAAUCUAAAACUAGAUUAAUGGAGAAUAGAAACUUACAAGGGGAUAGGGGAUCAAGAGUGCAAAGAGGCAUAGGGAGAAGUCAAAAGCUGAGCUGGGAGAGUUCUCGGACACUCAGAAGACAGAAAUAAGUGAAAACAUAAAAAAAAAAAACUGGUUGGUUGAAUAUAAAGUAAUGGAAUGGUCAUGGGGAGAAAGAAAGGAAAACAAACGUUUAAAGAAACUUGAAAUGGAGAAUUGGGAACUAAAAUAUAUAGUGGCUAAAAAAAGAUGGUAGGAUAUAGGGACUAUUGAAGGUUGCAUGAUUGUAUGUUUUGUGAUUUUCUGACAUUUCUGACGAUGAUCAUGGUAAAAACUCUACUGAGUAUAUAAUGAUGUCAGUGGACCCUGUAGGUAAGUCGAACCCUGUAGCUCUCUAUAAAAUUAAGCUGCUGACUGUUCCCACUAAAAUAAAUGGGAGAUGUCACCUCUCAGGAAUGUACACCAUUGAAGAAAACAUUGGCAAGGUUAUUCAGCAAAGUGAGAAUUCAAAGUGUGUUUCAAAUUGAAGGCCAGAGCAGCUGAGCAAAAAAACAUAGUGGACUGAGAGAAUUUGUCCAGCUCAGUUAUUUUGACCUUAAUUUUAAAUUCACUUUGAAUUCUCACUUUAGUGAAUAACCAUGUGAAAUCACCUGUAACUUGUGUAAACUUGCUUUAACAUAAGGUGUUCUGCUUUCUUUUACAUUUAUAUUGAAGAUUUAGCAAAAAAAAUGUAUAAUCCAGUUCAGACAAGGCAAAGUCAGGGCAAACAUUGCACAAGAUGAGAGAUAGAAACAUCAUUUCAUUUCUCCUCUUCUCUGUAUGCUUUCUUUGUGUGAACUUCCAGACGCAAAGGACAGAGCUUAUAACAACCAUCGACAGGUGCGGAUUUCUACAUUUCAUUUUAUUUUUCACACCUUACAAAUACAUAUUCAUGAAUAUAGGGAUAAGUAAACAUAAUGUUAAAAAAAAAACAUGGGAAGUGACAGAUCCACUUGAAGUCCCUGAUUUCAGGAACAUUGUGGCUUCAUUCAAUUAAAAGUAAAUUUCAGAUAGUGACCUUCAAAAGUAUAUACCUUGUAUGUUACUCAAGAACUGGAGUCUAAUACAUCUACCAACAAUCUGCUUUUGAAAGCGAAAUCCUUCUGUCCCUCUUUCCUACCUUGUGUCCAUCUAUUCCAGGAACUCAGAUUUUGUAUCUGCUGCUCCAUGUAUUACAUUUCACUACCACCAUCAAAACUCGUAAUAUCGUAUGUUUAAACUACAACAAAUGUGUUAGUAGAUUAGUUUUAUGUAAAUAAAAUACUUUACUCUUGUUCUAAC